GACUGGAGAGCUGAGGCCGACGGCUUCCCCCUGGGCUUCCCCGGCUUCAGAUGUGGUCAAGCGUUAGGCACAACAGAAGCCCGGGCAGGUCCGGGCGGGAGAGGGGACCCGGGCCGGCCCUUGGCCGGUGUUGGAGCUGUGGCUGGUGCUCGGCCAACCGGUCCGGCCUCGGGCUAAUCCCCGACCGGAGCCCAGUCUUGCGGACCGUCAAUACCACGCCAUUCUCCCAGCCCAACGUCAAUCUUCGCCCUCCAGAGGGCGCUCCUGAAUCGCUCCCGAUUGGACGCGAGAGUCCGGGUGUUAAACUUUCGGCCAAUGAAAAAGGGCAUGGUGCGUGACGUACAGAAACGUCAUGGGAAUUCCCCCCUCCGGGGGGCGGAAAAGGGGCUUUCCCGGCUGGAACCCCGGUGGCUGGAGCCCUGGUGGCUGGAGCGGUGUCACGACCCGUCCGCGGCGGGUCGGGCCGGGAGAGGAGCAGGAACCGGAGCCGCCGCCUCUCCCAGCUCCGGAUCUCGCCCUCCACCGGAUCUCGCCCGCCGCACUCGGACGGGCGGCUGGAGGAGAUCGGACCCUCCCCCAAACCUGGGACCCCCCUCUCCCGCCCACCCCUGGCCUGAUCCAGCUCUCCCGCCGUUCCCCUGCCCCCAAAGCGAGCACCUGAAACUCUAGGAAGCAGAACCCGGCUGAAGCCAUAGACAGAGCCGGGCCCAGCCCAGAGACAUGGACAGUUGCUACGACCCAGCUCUGGAUGGCAUCAUGGAAUAUGAUUUCAAAUUCAACCCUGCCAUUGUGGAGCCCAAGGAGCCGGCCCCAGAGACAGGUUAGCAGGCUCCCUAACCGCCCUAGUCGGAGAGGGAGUAGGGAGAGAGGACCAUGUGCCCUCUGCCUGGGGGAGGGGCUCAUGGAGCCUGGCUCAGAAGGUCCCUCUGUCCCCAGCUGAUGGCCCCUACCUGGUGAUCGUGGAGCAGCCUAAGCAGGUGAGUGACCCGAGGGUAUGGUGCGGGAUGGCUGCAGCCUUGCAAGAGAGUGAGUAGUUGUAGUUGUGUAGCCAUGUGAGAUCACUGCCCAGGGAGGCCACUGAAGAUUGGGAUGGUUGACCACUGCUGAUCACAGUGGUGUGAUCGUGGUUUAGGGCAGAUACUGCUGGUCACCAUGGUCAGUGCUGGUCAGGAGUGUGGCUGGCCAGAGUGGUCUCUCCUGAUCACACUGUUUCUCUGCCCCUGGACCUUCAGCGAGGCUUCCGAUUUCGCUAUGGCUGCGAAGGACCCUCCCACGGAGGACUGCCAGGUGCCUCCAGCGAGAAAGGCCGGAAGACCUAUCCUACAGUCAAGGUUUAAUAACUUGGGAGUAUUGCAUGUGACCAAGAAGAACAUGAUGGAGAUUAUGACACAGAAACUUCAGAGGCAACGACUCCGCUCCAGGCCCCAAGGCCUCACUGAUGCUGAGCGGAGGGAGCUAGAGCAGGAGGCCAAGGAACUGAAGAAGGUGAUGGAUUUGAGUAUCGUGCGGCUGCGCUUCUCUGCCUUCCUUCGAGCCAGCGAUGGCUCCUUUUCUUUGCCCCUGAAGCCAGUUAUCUCCCACCCCAUCCAUGACAGCAAGUCUCCUGGGGCCUCGAAUCUGAAGAUUUCGAGAAUGGACAAGACAGCUGGCUCUGUGCGGGGUGGAGACGAAGUUUAUCUUCUUUGUGACAAGGUGCAAAAAGAUGACAUUGAGGUUCGUUUCUACGAGGAUGACGAGAAUGGAUGGCAGGCCUUCGGGGACUUCUCUCCCACAGAUGUUCACAAACAGUAUGCCAUUGUGUUCCGGACACCCCCCUAUCACAAGAUGAAGAUUGAGCGUCCUGUCACCGUGUUCCUCCAACUGAAACGCAAGCGUGGGGGGGAUGUCUCUGACUCCAAACAGUUCACCUAUUACCCACUGGUAGAAGACAAGGAGGAGGUGCAGCGGAAGCGGAGGAAGGCCUUGCCCGCCUUCUCCCAGCCCUUCGGGGGUGGCUCCCACAUGGGUGGAGGCUCUGGAGGCUCUGCUGGAGGUUAUGGAGGAGCUGGAGGAGGAGGUGGCAGCCUCGGCUUUUUCCCUUCCUCCUUGGCCUACAGCCCCUACCAGUCCGGCGCGGCCCCAAUGGGCUGCUACCCGGGAGGCGGGGGCGGGGCCCAGAUGGCCGGCUCGGCGCCUGGCGUAGAUGCUGGGGAGGAAGCGGCAGAAUCGAGCGCGCCCCAGCGGGAGCCGCCGGGCCCAGAGAUGCUAGCUCAAGCCCGGGAGUACAACGCGCGCCUGUUCGGCCUGGCUCGGCGUAGCGCCCGUGCCUUGCUCGACUACGGCGUCACGGCGGACGCGCGCUCGCUGCUGGCGGGACAGCGCCACCUGCUGACUGCACAGGAUGAGAACGGAGACACGCCACUGCACCUGGCCAUCAUCCACGGGCAGAUGAAUGUCAUUGAGCAGAUAGCCCAUGUGAUCUACCACGCCCCACACCUCGGCGUCGUCAACCUCACCAACCACCUGCACCAGACUCCCUUGCACCUGGCAGUGAUCACUGGGCAGACAAGUGUGGUGAGCUUCCUGCUGCAGGUGGGCGCAGACCCUGCACUGCUGGAUCGGCAUGGAGACUCAGCCCUGCACCUGGCGCUGCGGGCUGGCACCCCUGACCUGCUGCGAGCACUGCUGCGGAGUGGGGGCCCUGCCAUGCCCCAGCUGCUGCACACGCCAGACUAUGAGGGGCUGUACCCGGUACACCUGGCAGUCCGUGCCCGCAGCCCCGAGUGCCUGGAUUUGCUGGUGGGCGACGGGGCUGAGGUGGAAGCUGCAGAGCGGCAGGGAGGGCGAACUGCCCUGCAUCUAGCCACAGAGAUGGAGGAGCUGGGGCUGGUCACCCAUCUGGUCACCAAGCUUGGUGCCAAUGUGAAUGCCCGCACCUUUGCGGGAAACACGCCCUUACACCUGGCAGCUGGCCUGGGAUCCCCGACUCUUACCCGCCUCCUGCUAAAGGCUGGUGCUGACAUCCAUGCAGAGAAUGAGGAGCCCCUGUGCCCACUGCCUUCACCCCCAACUUCUGGUAGUGACUCAGAUUCUGAGGGACCAGAGAGGGACACCCGAAGCAGCUUCCGGGGCCACACCCCUCUUGACCUCACUCGCAGCACCAAGGUGAAGACUUUGCUGCUAAAUGCUGCUCAGGACACCUUGGAGCCUCCCCUGACCCCACCCAGCCCGGCAGGGCCAGGGCUGUCACUUGGGGAUGCAGCCCUGCAGAACCUGGAGCAGCUGCUAGAUGGGCCAGGAGCCCAGGGAAGCUGGGCAGAGCUGGCAGAGCGGCUGGGGCUUCGUAGUCUGGUGGACACGUACCGAAAGACGGCCUCACCCAGCGGCAGCCUCCUGCGCAGUUACGAGCUGGCUGGUGGGGACUUGGCGGGUCUGCUAGACGCCCUGUCUGACAUGGGCCUAGAGGAGGGAGUGAGGCUGCUGAGGGGUCCUGAGCCCCGAGACAAGCUGCCCAGCACAGCAGAGGUGAAGGAGGACAGUGCUUACGGGAGCCAGUCGGUGGAACAGGAGGCAGAGAAGCUGGGCUCAGCCCCUGAGCCACCAGGAGGGCUUUGCCAUGGGCACCCCCAACCUCAGGUGCACUGACCUACUUACUGCCCACACACCAGCCCCUCCCUGGGCACCCUCUGUACAGUGUCCCCACCUGUUCCAAUUCUUAUUUAACACCCCACACCCACCCCUCAGUUGGGGCAAAUAAAGGAUUCUCAUAGGAAGGGGGGGCCUGGUACCCUCCCCAAUUUAUGGCA